UCUGUUUGUGAACUUUCACCAUGUCUAGCACUCUCGAAAUUGCGACAGACAACGAAAACAUGCCGCUCAUGAAAGCGCUCCAGUUCCAUGGCCCCAGGGACGUAAGGGUCGAACAGAUUGAAGAGCCUGUCUGCGGAAAGGGCCAGGUGAAGCUGCGAAACACAUACUGCGGGAUCUGCGGCAGCGACCUCCAUGAGUAUACCUCCGGACCCGUCUUAAUACCGAAGGGAGCACAUAGCAUCACCAAAGCUACCGCGCCGGUUGUCAUGGGUCACGAGUUUGGUGGAGUCGUCGAGGAAGUGGGAGAAGGCAUCACACACCUCAAGCCGGGACAGAAGGCGGUUGUGCGCCCGACCAUAUUCGACAGGAAGUGCCCCCCAUGCAAAAUUGGCUACGAGUAUUGCUGCGAGAAUAUUGGCUUCAUCGGACUAUCUGGUUACGGCGGUGGUUUUGCCGAGAAAAUAGUCGCGCCUGCAGAACACUUCUACCCCAUUCCUGAUAAUGUUACGCCGGAAUCCAUGGCCAUGAUCGAACCACUGGCGGUCGCAUGGCACGCCGUCAACUUGUCGCCAUUCAAGGAGGGUGACAAUGUCUUGGUCGUCGGGGGCGGUCCUCUUGGUCUAUGCAUCCUGCAAGUGCUGAAGAUGCGAGGCGCCAACUUCACGAUCAUUGCUGAAUUGACAGAAACCCGAAAGAAGUCUGCGAAAUACUUUGGCGCCACGCAUAUCCUCGAUCCUAGGGAAGUCGACAUCCCAGACAAUGUCCGCGGGUUGACCGACGGCGUCGGCGCGGAUGUGGUCUUCGACACAGCGGGCGUGGAGAAGGCGCUUGACGGAGCCAUUGGUGCCUGCCGCGUCCAUGGUACGAUCGUUAAUGUCGCUGUGUGGGAGAAGAAACCGCAGAUCAAGGUCAACGAGAUGAUGUACCACGAGGUGAAAUAUCUUGGCUCGGCAUUAUACGAUGAGAAGUCAUUUCAAGACACUAUCGACGCUAUCUCGAAGGGCCUACUGAAACCGGAGUCCAUGAUUACGGAUAAAAUUAAACUGGAAGAUGUGGUGGAGAAGGGAUUCAAGACGCUGCUGCAGGACAGGAAUACGCACUGCAAGAUCCUUGUCGAUCCACAGAUAUGAUCUCAAUCGAUUCAGUUACGGCGCUCGAGCGCUCAGGAUCAGGGAGGUUGGGUGAUGAAGUCAUUGUGUAUUCAUACUGAAACCUUCUAGUUAAUAGCGGUUUAAUUAGCGCAGUAAUUCUGCAUAAAGCUU